GUGAUCAGGCAGGACAUGGCGAGGCUUCAGAUUUUCGAGGACAUGACACUUGAUAGGAAGAUGUAGAGGUCGAGUAUUAGGGUUGUAAGUUAGGAGGUAGUUAGGUCUUGCAUUAGUUCGUUCCGUUGCUAAAGUAAUCUUGUAGGGUUUUGUCUAGGUAACGGGUGACAAUGUCGUGUCUUACUAUUUCUUUUUUAGUGCCGGACCUAUUUACUAGUUGUCGCUUUUGUUUUGCAGCUUUCUUCUGAAUUUUAUGUUGUUCCUGUUUUUCUUAUAUUUUUUAUCGUUCCUGUGAUAAUACUAAUAUUGUCUCUUUUUGUCUUCUUGAGCCGAGGGUCUUUCGAAAACAGCCUCUCUAUCCCUUCGGGUAGGGGUAAAGUCUGCGUACAUACUACCCUCCCCAGACCCCACUAGUGGGAUUUCACUGGGUUGUUGUUGUUCGUUAUUCAUAUGUCUACGGAUUGAACCUGGUGACAUUUUUGAUUUACCAAGGGAAUCAACUCGACGUAGGUCAAUGGCAGCUGACGAUACUUUGUCCGAGUGUGCUAGGAAGGGUAUAGCUGUAAAACCACGGAAAGGAGAUGCACUUCUUUUUUUCAGUCUCCAUCCAAAUGCCGUUCCUGAUCCUAUGAGCCUCCACGGUGGGUGCCCUGUUAUUGAGGGUGAGAAGUGGUCAGCGACAAAGUGGAUUCACGUGGAUUCAUUUGACAAAAUCGUGGGAUCUGAAAAAAGUUGUGCUGAUCAAAACGAGAAUUGUGAGAGAUGGGCCGCACUUGGGGAAUGCACCAAGAAUCCAGAAUACAUGGUUGGAAGUUCAGAUCUUCCAGGAAGCUGUAGGAAGAGCUGCAAAGCUUGUUAACUUAUUAUACUUAAUUCUUCCACUAAAUCAGUUCAGAAAUAGUAACAUGUUGUUCCUUAUUGUUCUUGCAAUCUACCCAGUUUUGCAAAUAACAUCCUAUUUUCUUUUUCUUCUAUAGAGCGAAGUUCGUUUUUUCUCUCUCACUCAAACAUAUGUAUACUGCCUUUAUGUACACAUUAGUUAACUGUUAUGUACCAACUUCGAUUUGGUCUUUCACUGAGAAUGUAAUAUCUGAUAACAAAUUAUAGUCUGUUUGUGCACUAAUUUUAUGAUGGUUAUUUUGUGAAA